GUGGGUUCUGUGUGGCCUUGUGGGGACUGUGGCCUCAUGGGGGCUGUAGCCUUGUGGGUCCUGUGUGGCCUGAUGGGGGCUGUGGCUUCGUGGGGGCUGUGGCCUUGUGGGUUCUGUGUGACCUUGUGGGUCCUGUGUGGCCUCGUGGGGGCUGUGGCCUCGUGGCUGCAUCUCCUGUCUGGGUCCUGUGAGCUGUUACAUUUCCAGGUUCUUGAUCAGGCCUGGCCCAUAUUAGAUGCUCAAUAAAUAGUAACCAGAAGCUGAUCCUUGUGGCUACUGUGUGGAGCUCCUGUGUGGAGCUGUUCUGAGGCGUGUUAACUUGUUGGAUUCCUGAUGCCGCCCAGGAAUCAGACCAUGAAAGCUGUGCUUGUUUCUCAGCAUGAGCCUGGCAUGGCAGAGGGCACACAGGGCAGGCAUGGUUAGAAUGUGGGGGCAAUGAGGGCUCACCUUAAAACUUUUUAAAUGUUAAGUGAUUUUAGUUUACUUUUUCACCCAAAUUUUUACGAAGAAAAAAAUCGCAAUAGAGAACAAUGGAGAAAAUUAUACAGUGAGUACUUGCUGUGGUCCAAAUGUCUGUGUCCCCCAGAAUCCAUGGGGGACCCUAACCCCCAAGGUGGUGGUGUCGGGCGUGGGGCCCUCGGGAGGCUCUGCCCUGAUGACCAGGGCCCUUUCUGUCAUUGAGGACAUGAGAGAAGGCGCUGCCUGUGAGGACUCCGACCCCACCAGCCCCCAAAUCUGCCAGCGCCCUGAUUCUGGACUCCCAGCCUGCAGAACUGAGAAAAUCAGAGUCAGCCAGACCCUGGCCUUGCCCUGGCCCUGCUGGCUGUGCCAGGCGUCACAAUGUAGCAGGGACCCCAGGCGUCGUGCUCAGAAAAUGGAAAAAGAGCCAGGGCCGGAAGGAGGGUGCAGAAGCGAGCCCGCGUGCGGAGCCAGGAGGCAGCGUCGCGUGGGAGUGCUGGCCUGAAGCCUCCAUGCCCCGGCAGAGGGACGGACACGCGGACGUCUAGCGGAGAAGCCAAAGAUGUUGACCAGGAAGAUCAAGCUGUGGGACAUCAACGCCCACAUCACCUGCCGCCUGUGCAGUGGGUACCUCAUCGACGCCACCACGGUGACGGAGUGCCUGCACACCUUCUGCAGGAGCUGCCUGGUGAAGUACCUGGAGGAGAACAACACCUGCCCCACCUGCAGGAUCGUGAUCCACCAGAGCCACCCCCUGCAGUACAUCGGUCAUGACAGAACCAUGCAAGAUAUUGUUUACAAAUUGGUACCAGGCCUCCAAGAAGCGGAAAUGAGAAAGCAGAGGGAGUUCUAUCACAAAUUGGGCAUGGAGGUGCCUGGAGACAUCAAGGGGGAGACCUGCUCUGCAAAACAGCACUUAGAUUCCCAUCGGAAUGGUGAAACCAAAGCAGACGACAGUUCAAACAAAGAGGCCGCGGAGGAGAAGCCGGAGGAGGACAACGACUACCACCGCAGCGACGAGCAGGUGAGCAUCUGCCUGGAGUGUAACAGCAGCAAACUGCGGGGACUGAAGCGGAAGUGGAUCCGCUGCUCCGCCCAGGCGACCGUCUUGCAUCUAAAGAAGUUCAUCGCCAAAAAACUCAACCUUUCGUCCUUUAACGAGGUAACAGUUGAUCCCUAAGUAGAAACCAUAACAAGUCCUCUCUUAUUUGUAAAAGUGACACUUCUAAGA